GGAUGUUUGACGAUCAUUGAAGUAUUUCCUGGCGGGUGAAAGGUGUGGCUGCCUUUUAGUUUAAGAUUUCCGGAUAGUGUGACCGAUAGUGAUCGAAGCAAGACAGAAUGGAAAACUCGAUCGAAUCCAUACCUGAACCCAAACCUGUAACUUAUCCACGUCAUGUCACGUUUGACGAUGCUCUCUCAAUGGCCAAGUUUGGAAAGUUCAACUACAUUAUAAUCAUCAUUUCCGGAACCAUACUGGCGGCCGUUUUGCUGGAAACUUUAGGAAUUAGUUACGUCAUACCGGUAGCCGAGUGCGACCUGUUGCUUACCACAAAGGAGAAGGGAGUUCUCAGUGCAGUAUCAUUCGCAGGGAUUAUCACCAGUUCCCAUUUGUGGGGCUUUCUGGCGGACACCCGAGGGAGAAAGAAAGUAAUCGUUCCAACGUUAUUUUUAACGUUCACGGCAACGGUCAUUUCGAGUUUUACAACCAGCUUCUGGAUAAUUGCGUUGUUCAGAUUCCUGGCAGGGUUCUUCAUCUCUGGAUCGUCUGCGACGAUCUACGCUUAUCUGGGCGAGUUCCAUAACAAACGGGAUGGCUCGCGAGCUAUCAUGGGUGCUUCGUUCGUGUUCGGGAUCGGUUGCCUGAUGCUUCCUGGCAUUGCCUUUCUCGUUAUAAAUCAAGAGUGGGAGUUUUCCAUUCCGUACGUCAACAUCGUCUACCGGCCGUGGAGAUUGUUCUUGGCAGUUUGUGGAUUGCCCAGUCUGGUGUGCGGUCUGGCUUUGCUCAAGAUUCCAGAAAGCCCCAAAUUCACAUUCAUUCAAGGCAACGCCGAGAAGUCUAUCGAGACGAUCAAAUGGAUGCACAAGCUGAACACUCGGGGGAAGGAGUCAGCCCUGCAAAUUGCCUCGAUCCUCGAAGAAGCAGAUGUCCAACAGACGAAGAAACAGCGCAACGAAACCGGUCAUACGAAAGGCUUCGUAGCUUUGAUGAAGCUCAUCUGGAACCAGACGGCGCCCCUCUUCAUGAGUCCCCAUCUGAACAAAACGACCAUCAUAUGCGUCUUGCAGUUUGGCAUCUAUUUGUCGUCCAAUGGGAUGUACAUGUUCUUCCCGGACAUCCUGAAUAGGGCAGCCGAAUUGCAAGAAACCGGAGUUAAUCGAACCACUUUGUGCAACGCAGUCUACGCUACCCGAAUCGACGUUUCUUCUCUGAUUCAUAAUGUCACAGAGGUCAUUCCCGAAUGCAACCAGAAGCUGGACAUCAUUGCCUAUGAGCAUUCAUUCAUCCUUGAACUGUUGUAUGCCCUGGGAUUUGCGGUCAUUGGAUUGAUCAUAAAUGCAAUUGGCAAACUGCCCAUCCUAGUUUUCGUAUUCGUUUGUUGCGGUUUAUCUGGAAUAUUGAUUAUUUUUAUCGACAUACCUCUACUAGCCAUGUGGCUGUAUCUUGUUCUGCUGACAUGUGGCUACUGUAUAAGCGUGGUAAAUGCCGUCACGGUGGAUUUAUUCCCCACAAAUCUAAGGGCAAUGGCAGUGUGUAUUUCGCUGAUGUUCGGAAGACUGGGCAGUGUGGUCGGUGCGAAUAUGGUGGGUUUACUGCUCGAUACACAAUGCGAGCUUACGUUCUGGAUAUCAGGUGUUUCCUUGAUUGGAUGCGGCGUGCUAUCGUUCUUCAUUCCCAACAUUUACAAGCGCAAUACGGCGGAACCAAGAGUCAGCGUUUCAUCUCGAUUGUGAAUCAUUCGCGAAGAAAAAUUGAAACUUCGUUGCAAAAAACUGUACAUAAAUAAGAGAAAGACAAUUGUUAACACCUUCAGUGAACUUUGCUCAUGCACGGUCCAUUUAACAUCAAACAUUUGAUGUCUGUGGUCGAAAACCAUUGUAUCUUUUGGAACAAAUUAAUAGAAUCAUGAAUUGAUUGCCUAUCUUAAGGCUAUUUCUAUUGCCUUAUAAAUUCGGCUAGUAACAAAAAAAAUGGCUACUUUCAGGAAAAAAUGACACAUCAUUGGAUCACUUGGUGUAAUUAGUUAUUCAAAGAAUUAAUGAAGAUAAAACAUUUAUUGCAAAAAAAAAUACAAUUGAAAUAACUAUUCUUUUAUAUAGACUGAAAUGUAUACCUGCUAAUAAUAGAUAAUCGAAAAAAUGUUAUUGUUAAUAUUUUAAGUAGUAAAUAAAAAAAAACGUUUUAAAACAA